AUCUCCGAAAGGAGUUGUAAUCGAUCGACGACAUCACUAAGUCCACGACACCAUUUGCUUUAGCAUCAAUUCAUCGUUAGUGUCGAAUUAUAUCUUAAAAUAUAUUGUGUAGUUCUGUGUUUUUCGUGAGCGAAAAUGGUGAAGAUGGAACAUGAUGAUGGUAAGAACGAACCUGAACAUGUUCGGAAAUUAUUCAUUGGGGGCCUAGAUUAUAGAACAACAGAUGAUUCUUUGAAAAAGCAUUUUGAACAAUGGGGUGAAAUCGUAGAUGUAGUUGUUAUGAAAGAUCCAAAAACUAAACGCUCUAGGGGGUUUGGUUUCAUUACUUAUUCACGUGCUCAUAUGGUAGAUGAUGCCCAAAAUGCAAGACCGCAUAGAGUUGAUGGUCGUGUAGUAGAACCAAAAAGAGCUGUUCCAAGACAGGAAAUUGGUACACCUAAGGCUGUAACCGUGAAGAAAUUAUUUGUUGGUGCAUUAAAGGAUGACCAUGAAGAAGAAGACCUUAGACAAUAUUUCCAAAGUUAUGGAAGUAUUAAUUCAAUUAGCAUAGUCACAGAUAAAGAAACAGGAAAAAAAAGGGGUUUUGGAUUUGUUGAGUUUGAUGAUUAUGAUCCAGUUGAUAAAAUCUGCCUUCAACGUAAUCAUCAGAUACGUGGAAAACAGGUUGACGUUAAAAAGGCUUUGAGUAGAGCAGAAAUGGCAUCUGCUAGUGGAGGAGAUGGUGGUGGUGGUGGUGGAAGCAGAGGAGGCCAAGGUGUUGGAAGAGGACCGCGUGGUGGUAAUCAAGGCGGUGGCAAUUGGGGAGGACGAGGAAGUGGCGGAGGUGGUGGUGAUUGGAAUAAUGGUGGUAAUCAAGGUGGUUAUGGUGGAGGUAAUCAAGGAGGUUGGGGAGGUAACGGCCCGUGGGAAAACCAGAAUCAAGGUAAAGGUGGGGGAUGGGGUGGUCAAGGUGGUCAGGGUGGCUACAAUAGCGGUGGAAACUGGAGUAAUGAUAACUUUGGUGGAGGAUAUCAACAAGGCUAUGGUGGCGGACCAGUACGAAAUAACUUCAACUCUGGAGGCAGACCAGCACCCUACGGUAUUAAUAUGGGUCCUAGUGGCCGACAGUCUGGAGACUCGAGAUGGCUACCACCCUUCGGUGGACAAGGUCCAAUGGGCGGAGGUAACUCAGGUGGUGGUGGUGGUUAUGGAAAUCAAGGAGGCUAUGGUGGCAAUUCUCUUGGUGGUGGAAAUAUGGGUGGCGGUGGAGGUGGAGGUGGUGGUCGAAGAUACUAAAGUUUCUCUUCCAACAAGUUUUGUUCAUUCUCCCUCACACGGUGAACCUACUACUUGUCUUCUAGUCGCCAGUACUUCUGUACUGUUUAGUAGUGGAGCAGGCAGGGCUAUAAGGCUAGAGACAAGACCAGGCAGGACAAUCAGGAUAAAGGACAGAGAAGCAUCAUCUGUUAGCUCGCAGUGAGGGAGGCUUAUGCCUGUAUUUGUUUCGGUAUCUAGCACCUACUACAUCCCCUACACAUUCAACUCAUCAUGUGAAAUUGUUGCAUCAUAUUUCUUAGGGAGUGCCAGAACAUCUUGACUGGCACAUGAUAAUACUUAUUAGAAGAGGCAAUGGUUAUUUGUUUAAUCAUUACUAUCACCCAUUAAAGACUCGUAUAUUGGAAUAGUUAAGAAGUGAAUCUUUUUCUGAUUAACGGUAUAAUAUAUUUAUACCAUGCAACCUGAUUUAAUUGCAUAUUAUUUGUUACAUUCAUUUCUCUUGUGUAUCAGAUUACGAUUGUGUAGGAUAUAUAACAUUGUGGACAUUGAUGAAAAGCUCAACUGACCCUCGUGAUGACAACAAUAGUUUAUUUACAAAUUUUUAGGUUUUACUAUUUUUAUCAUAUUUUUAGUUUCAAUAAAAAAGAGAUCAUCAAGGAAAAAGCUAACAAACGAGUGAAGAAGAAAAAAUGCAAUCAUUAUUAUUUAGGUAGAAAUUCUUAAUGAAAGACAAAGUAUAAUGGAAGAAUAUCGAAAAAGUUUUAAUAGCAGUUUAAUUAAAGUAGGCAAUUUAAAAACAGAGCAUAGCGUCAGUCAGCAUUUCAUAGGUUACUUAGAUUAACCAAUUAUUGAUUAAGUUGUAAUGUUUUAAGAGUUAGCUAAUAAAACUGACCAGAACCUUUUCCACGUCACUCUUUAAUUUAUGAAACAACGAAAAAUAUCGAUCAGCAGCAUAGGCUAAGUCAGAGGUACAAAAAUUAUAGCUGUGAGGAUUCCAGAGAACAGGGAAGUAUAGAAAAAGGAAGGCAGAUGAUAGUAUAACUCGACGAAAGAUAUACGAUAGAAAAGAUAAUUGUACUUUUGUCAAUCUGUGUAGAAAAUGAAAGCACCAAUGAGUGUUUUAUAUUUAUGUGUAAAGGCAGUAUUAAAUAAUUUGUAUAUAUGAAAAAAAAUACCUAUUAUCAAUUUUGUUUAAUUUUAAUAAUGCGUAAUUAAGAUUCUAAUGGAUUUAUAGUUGAAGGGAUACGUUUCUCACCUCAGUUCGUCAAAAUGAUCACUAUAACGUGACUUAUAUAAAGUUAUAACUUACUGAACAAUAAAAAGAAAUACUCUAUA